UUUGAUUUCGGAUCAAACCAAAGAACUCGUCUUCGCCGGAAGUUGUGUUGUUUACAUUUUCCAAGAUGGCGGCGGGAAUGUAUUUGGAACACUAUUUGGACAGCAUAGAGAACCUGCCAUUUGAACUGCAGAGGAACUUCAAUUUGAUGAGGGACUUGGAUCAACGUACAGAGGAUCUAAAGGGGCAGAUAGACUCCCUGGCAAAGGAUUACACAUCCAAUGCUAGGACCCUCUCGUCUGAACAGAAGCUUACUAUUCUGAGGCAGAUCCAACAAUCGUACAGCAAAAGCAAGGAGUUUGGGGAUGACAAAGUGCAACUGGCUAUGCAGACUUAUGAGAUGGUGGACAAGCACAUCCGGAGACUGGACACAGACCUGGCCCGCUUUGAGGCCGACCUGAAGGAGAAGCAGAUAGAGAGCACAGACUAUGAUUCCACCUCCAGUAAGGGAAAGAAAAGUGAGUCCAGGGGGCUGAAAGAGAAGAAGGUGGCUAAAACUCGGUCUAAAGUGAAGAGCUCCGAUGAAGAUGGCAGUCCGAAGAGUGCACAGAAGAAAGUCAAACUUCUCCAGCCGGGGGAGUUCACUGCCCCAGCUGCUAACUUUGGGAACGUGCAUCCCUCUGACGUGCUGGACAUGCCAGUGGACCCCAAUGAGCCCACCUACUGCCUGUGUCACCAGGUGUCCUAUGGAGAGAUGAUUGGCUGUGACAACACAGAUUGUUCCAUCGAGUGGUUCCACUUUGCCUGCGUGGGCCUGACGACGAAACCAAGAGGGAAAUGCAAGCCACGGCCACGUGACUCACUGUCUGUAGGAGCGAUCCAUUUUUAUGAACAGGGUGGUGUACCUAAUAAACUGGCCGGUAUUGUCCACGCUGCUCUCAAGACAGAAAGAGAAAGUAAGCCCCUAAGUUAGAGGGGCCAACCGAUUGUAGAGUCAGGAUUACUACGUUAGUUGUGAAGAGAAAGUAACAUGACAUUUUCUGUCCCCAGGAUAGUAUUACAUUGUUUGUCGGUCUUCUAGCAUAGAACAAUUGGUGCUUUCUUUUUUUGUUUACUUGAUUUAAUGCAGUGUGAAGGAGAUACGUGGUUACAGAUGUAUUUAAAUAUGUUUCAAAGGUUAUGAGAGUUGAUAGUUAUGAGAGUUGCUUUGUGUUUUUUUUAUCUAUGUUUCUAUUUUUUUGUAACUGAACAAUAAACGCUAAAAUUUGACAGUUAGUGUCCAUAA